AUGACCACCACCAUCCGCCACUUCUCCUCCGGCUCCAUCAAGGGCGCCUCCGGCCUGGCGGGCGGCUCGUCCCGCUCCUGCCGGGUGUCUGGCAGCCUGGGCGGUGGCUCCUGCAGGCUGGGGUCUGCCGGCGGCCUGGGCAGUGGCCUUGGAGGCAGCAGCUACUCUAGCUGUUACAGCUUUAGCUCUGGCGGUGGCUAUGGCAGCGGUGGUUAUGUCAGCGGUGGCUAUGGUGGCGGCUUUGGAGGUGUCGACGGGCUGCUGGUGGGAGGCGAGAAAGCCACCAUGCAGAACCUCAACGACCGCCUGGCCUCCUACCUGGACAAGGUGCGCGCCCUGGAGGAGGCCAACACGGAGCUGGAGCUGAAGAUCCGUGAUUGGUACCAGAAGCAGGCCCCGGGGCCGGCUCCUGACUACAGCUCCUACUUCAAGACCAUCGAAGAUCUGCGGAACAAGAUCCUCACGGCCACCGUGGACAAUGCCAACAUCCUGCUUCAGAUCGACAAUGCCCGCCUGGCUGCUGAUGACUUCCGCACCAAGUUUGAGACAGAGCAGGCCCUGCGUGUGAGCGUGGAGGCCGACACCAACGGCCUGCGCAGGGUCCUGGAUGAGCUGACCCUGGCCAGAGCUGACCUGGAGAUGCAGAUCGAGAACCUCAAGGAGGAGCUGGCCUACCUCCGCAAGAAUCACGAGGAGGAGAUGAAAGCCCUGCGAUGCCAGGUGGGUGGCGAGAUCAACGUGGAGAUGGAUGCCGCACCCGGCGUGGACCUGAGCCGAAUCCUGAACGAGAUGCGUGACCAGUACGAGAAGAUGGCGGAGAAGAACCGCAAGGAUGCCGAGGACUGGUUCUUCAGCAAGACGGAGGAGCUGAACCGCGAGGUGGCCACCAACAGCGAACUGGUGCAGAGCGGCAAGAGCGAGAUCUCGGAGCUCCGGCGCACCUUGCAGGCCCUGGAGAUCGAACUGCAGUCCCAGCUCAGCAUGAAAGCAUCCCUGGAGGGUAGCCUGGCUGAGACAGAGAACCGCUACUGCGUGCAGCUGUCCCAGAUCCAGGGCCUGAUCGGCAGCGUGGAGGAGCAGCUGGCUCAGCUGCGCUGUGAGAUGGAGCAGCAGAACCAGGAGUACAAGAUCCUGCUGGACGUGAAGACCCGGCUGGAGCAGGAGAUCGCCACCUACCGCCGCCUGCUGGAGGGCGAGGAUGCCCACCGCCAGUACACCUCCUCCAGCUCCAUCAAGAGCUCCGGGGGCAUCGGUGGUGGCUCUAGCCGCAUGUCCUCCGUCCUGGCUGGAGGCUCUUGCCGGGCCCCCAGCGCCUAUGGAGGCCUGUCCGUCACCUCCUCCCGCUACUCCUCUGGGGGUGCCUGCGGGCUGGGGGGCGGCUACGGCGGUGGUUUCAGCAGCAGCAGCAGCUUUGGCGGGGCGCUGGGCAGCGGCUUCGGUGGAGGAUACGGCGGUGGCCUUGGUGCUGGCUUUGGCAGUGGCUUCGGUAGUGGCUUCGGUGGUGGCGUGGGUGGUGGUUUUGGAGGUGGCUUUGGCGGUGGUGAUGGGCUCCUGGCAGGCAGUGAGAAGGUGACCAUGCAGAACCUGAAUGACCGCCUGGCCUCCUACCUGGACAAGGUGCGUGCCCUGGAAGAGGCCAACGCUGACCUGGAGGUGAAGAUCCGUGACUGGUACCAGAGGCAGCGGCCCGCUGAGACCAAGGACUACAGCCCCUACUUCAAGACCAUCGAGGACCUGAGGAACAAGAUCCUCGCAGCCACUGUGGACAAUGCUAAUGUUGUGCUGCAGAUUGACAAUGCCCGUCUGGCUGCUGAUGACUUCCGCACCAAGUAUGAGACGGAGCUGAACCUGCGCUUGAGCGUGGAGGCCGACAUCAACGGCCUUCGCAGGGUGCUGGAUGAGCUGACCCUGGCCAGGGCCGACCUGGAGAUGCAGAUCGAGAGCCUCAAGGAGGAGCUGGCCUACCUCCGGAAGAACCAUGAGGAGGAAAUCAGUGCACUGAAGGGCCAGGUGGGUGGCCAGGUCAGUGUGGAGGUGGAUUCUGCUCCAGGCAUUGACCUAGCCAAGAUCCUGAGUGACAUGAGAAGCCAAUAUGAGGUCAUGGCUGAGAAGAACCGGAAGGACGCUGAGGCCUGGUUCACCAGCCAGACCGAGGAGCUGAACAGGGAGGUCGCUGGCCACACGGAGCAGCUGCAGAUCAGCAAGACGGAGGUCACUGACCUGCGGCGCACCCUCCAGGGUCUGGAGAUUGAGCUGCAGUCUCAGCUCAGCAUGAAAGCCGCCCUGGAAGGCACGCUGGCAGAAACGGAGGCUCGCUUUGGAGCCCAGCUGGCGCAGAUCCAGGCGCUGAUCAGUGGUAUCGAAGCCCAGCUGAGUGACGUGCGAGCUGACACAGAGCGGCAGAACCAGGAGUACCAGCACCUCAUGGACAUCAAGACCCGGCUGGAGCAGGAGAUUGCCACCUACCGAAACCUGCUGGAGGGCCAGGACGCCUACUACAACGACCUGUCCCUCGCGAAGGCCCUCUGA